AGCGAGAAGAAAGCAGAGAGGAGGAGAGAGACGAUCUGAAGAAGCAUAUAAAGGGAUCUCUACAUGCAUGCAACAUCAGUCCACCCUCUCUCGCUCCAUCCCUCCACUUCAUCGCCAUCGGCUCCGCCUUCUCAUCUCAUGGACUCGGCGUUCCUCCUUGACGGCGAUGCCCGCUCCAACGUCCUCCACCUCAUCGCCCAGUCGUUCGGUUGCAGAUACAUCUGUCUCUGGUCUUACUUAACUCCGACAAGCUGUUUGUGCUACUUGGAUGGUCUCUUCCAGGAAGCUGCCGCCGCAAGUGGCGGUAACGAUGACAACGUUCAACCCAGGCGACUUUUUGAUGAAUAUAGGCAGUCCUUGUUCAUCCUUCAUCCGAACAGCAGCCACACCCAAGUCCCGGGAUUGGCCUUCAGGAACAGCAACCCCUACAUUGAAUUGAGAGAGGAAGACCUUUCGAGAUUGGCCUCCAACUCCUGUCAAAGAGAGUUCUAUCAAGAAGCAUCCAUCAAGAUUGCAGUAUUCAUGGGAUGCAGUAGCGGAGAGAUUGAGCUAGGCUUCUCCAACAUACCUCAGGUUGACAUACAAACGCAGAUGAUGAACUUGUUCCCAGAGGAUUUCUCAAGACAAAUGGCGAUGCGCGAAUUGGCCCGAGCCACUGAACCAAACACUACCCCUAUGACAAAUCCUCCUUCGUCCUCCUCGUCCUCUCUAAGAUCGCUUUCCAUGGACAGCCCCGAAUACUCGUCUCUUCUCUUCAACAUACCCACCACCACCAGUUCCUUCAUUAACCCAGAAUUAGCCCUCAGAGACCCUUCAAUUGCAGAGACUAUUACCACACAGUCGAUGCCAAUUAUGACUACCACGGAUACUCCUGGUACUAGUACAACUGGUGCUAGUUCUCACCCGUUACAAGCGAUGCACGAAUAUGCGAGAUCACUCGGGAACAUUCAGUUCCCGAUUGUCCCUGAGAGCGAACACGCUGCUAUGACGCGAGCCUUCCUCGCAGUUCUAUCAUCGCCUUCUUCAUCUUCUUCCUCGUCGCAACUACAGCAACAACAGACAAAUGUCGAAAACCCAAGACCAACCGCGUUCAGGAGGUAUUCGCCAGGGCUUCCAAGACCGCAGAUCAAGCACGGCCCUCAGAAGCACAGCAUGCUCAAGCGGUCAAUCGCAUACUGCCGGAGCAUGAACUUGAUGCGGAUCCGCGAGCGAUUGCAAGUCGGGAGCCGACAGCCGUCGACCACUCAGCUCCACCACAUGAUGUCGGAGAGGAAGCGGCGUGAGAAGCUCAACGAGAGCUUCCUCGCAUUGAGAUCACUUCUUCCUCCUGGAACCAAGAAAGACAAAGCAUCCUUGCUCGCGACCACGAGGGAGCACCUCGGCUCGUUGAAGGAACAAGUCGAGGAUCUCCGGCGAAAGAACACGGUCCUCCAAGCCCAACUCUUGCCACCGAAGGAACCCACGAGCAGCGGCUCGCCAGGCGACGGCUCCAGGGUCGAGGUCCAGACGAGAACCGUCUCAGAGUCCACGUCGCAGGACCGGACCGUGGAUCUGCAAGUGACCGUGCGGGGAGACUGUCCGGCGAUGAGCUUGGUGAUUCGAAUCCUCGAGUUCUUGAGGCAAGUGAGGAACGUGAGCUUGAUGUCCAUGGAUGCCGACACCCAAGUGCACGAAUCGAACAUCGUCAAUCGGGUCAACCUAAGACUAAACGUCGAGGGAGGCGAAUGGGACGAGCCGGGCUUCCAGGAAGCAGUGAGGAGGGUGGUUGCUGACCUGGCACAAUGACAUUUUCUUCCCCACCUUUUGAACCAGUUUCAGGUUUUCCAAGGGGUAGGUAGUAGUUAUGCCAUGCGGCGGCGCACCCCCGGUAUUUGACACGGCCAGCCCAUCUCCACCGCUCAUCAACCGGCCGUCACCUAAUCUCGGCCGUCCAUUUUUGUUCACACGAAGUAAUCAUACAUGAUUUCAUGAUUCUCUUCUCCUUCCUUGUCAAACGUUCUAGUGCUUACUAGUGGAGUGCCGCCCUUCUGAUUUUGUAGCCAUAACAUAGCUUUUUCUUCUUGGGGAUAAUAUAGCCAAUAGAUAAUUAAUUUUAAGUAUUCUUUCCCUAUGAGAAAUAUUUGGACCGAUUACAUACAGUAUUCAUUUGAUUAUGUGAGACUCUUACCCGUUCCAUUUGCGAUUUCGUGACAACCGAUGCCUAAUUUUACAUGUUGAAUAGACUAAAUCA